UCUAUCCGUCUUAUAUCGCUUCUUCUUCAAUUUUCAUCUAUUUUGCCAGAGUCCCACCUCCAGUACCAUCUCCGGAUUCAAUCUCUUGUUGAGGGAUUAGCUCUCUCUCUAUCUCUGCUUCGAGAUUACAAUUUUAUAUGAUGCCUAAAGCUUCUGCCUUGGGGCUUUGGACGCGGAACAAAAUCUGACCUUUUUUGUCAUAGUUUUAGUGGUGCUCCUCUCCUUUCUUGCUUUUUUCGCCACUUCCCAAGCCCAAAAGGCCAACACCUCACAUAAACCGUAAUUCGUAAACGUUCAAUCAACUUCAAUCCUACCACACAUAGACCAAAUCCCAAUCCUUUUCCCUUCUUUUCAGGCAACCCAAAAAAAAAAAAAACAAAGGAGAACCCAGUUCACAAAAUCAACCAAGAACCACACUUUGAUCCCAAAAUUCGACCUCUUUGUCCGCUUGCUGUUAUAAAGAUCUAAUCUUUGAUCUCUGUAAUCAAGGUUUUCUCGAUUGUGAAAAUGCAAGACCCGUCGAUAUAUUCACAAAUGAAACCGCAAUUUCCAGAGCAAGAACACCUGAAAUGCCCGAGAUGUGACUCUGCGAACACAAAAUUCUGCUAUUACAACAACUACAAUCUCUCUCAGCCCCGCCACUUUUGCAAGAACUGCAGAAGAUAUUGGACUAAAGGCGGUGCUCUCAGAAACAUCCCUGUCGGUGGUGGCUCCCGGAAGAACACUAAACGCAGCUCAUCAACUACCAAACGCUCUUCCUCAGCCACCUCAGCUGCCCCGUCUACCUCCCCUUCCUCAGCCGCUGCAGUCUCGUCAUCAUCACCACCUCCUUCUACCACUCCUCAGACACUGCCAAAAACAGAGCCUUAUGGGCUUGCUCCGCAGGCACUUCAACCCGGUUUUGAUCAGGACCGCAGGAUGAUUCUUGAUGUGGGUGGGAAUGGGAGCUUUAGCUCCCUCUUGUCUUCAAAUGGGGGGCAAUUUGGGAAUUUUCUGGAGGGGUUGAAUCCAAAUGCAUCAAAUUUGCAGCUCUGCGGGUUUGGUGAUCAUGGCCCGAAUCAAGGUCCGGGGGGUCCGGGUCACCAUCAUGGUGAUCCACAUGCGGGUUUGCAAAAUGGGAGUAAUUCUGAGGAGGGGUUUUUAAGUAAUCAGGGUAAUGGAGAUUCUAGCUGCUGGAAUGGGAGCAGUGGUUGGCCUGAUCUUGCCAUUUACACUCCAGGUUCCAGUUUUCAGUAAAACACUAAAAUUGCCCCACAAAAAGGAGGAAAUUAAUUGUUGAGAGAUAGAGGGUAUGUACUUCUAGUCUGCUAUCUACUCUUUGCCAUAUUUAGUAGUCUUACUAAUUUUGAUAAUUCCAAGAGCAUGGAUAGAAUCCCCUUGUUGAGAGUGUAAUCAAGGCUAAAGGGGAAGGUGGGCGUGACCGAUCAAUGCCUAGACACCCAAAAUUGGAAACAAGGACCCCCCACCCCCCCACAAAAAAAAAAAAAAAACCCCCACUAGUGCUGUAAUAGGGGCAUAACUCCGUCAUUAUAUAGUAGUAGUACAAUUAAUUUUUA